AUGCUGUCGCGUCGAUUGACAACCGCAGUGCGAAUGGCACCUUUGUGCCAGGUUCGCCAGCGCCGCGCCGUACAGCCAAUUGCCAUGAUGCUUCCCAGCAUGAUGCAGGCUGUUCGUAGCUAUGCGGACAAAGUGGUUCAAGUACCCCAGAUGGCAGAGUCAAUUUCCGAAGGUACCUUGAAACAAUUCACUAAGAGCAUUGGCGACUAUGUCGAGCUCGACGAAGAAAUUGCGACCAUCGAGACGGACAAGAUCGAUGUCGCGGUUAACGCUACCGAGGCCGGUACUAUCAAGGAGUUCUUCGUAAAUGAAGAGGACACGGUUACUGUUGGACAGGACCUUGUCCGCAUUGAGUCAGGUGGCUCGCCAGCUCCCAAGGACGAAUCCGCGCCGAAAGCUGAAGACGAGGCGAAACCGAAAGCCGAGGAUCAGGCGAAGCCUGCAUCUGAGCCAGAGUCGUCCCAGCAGAAAAAGCAAUCCGAGCCGAAGCAAGAAAACAAGCCGGAGGGGAAAACCCAGACCGAGAGCGCUCCCGCAGUUGCCCCCAAGCGUUCUGCGACAGAGAAAAAGGACACGGCCGCUUCUACUGCUCAAUCUUCCGGUGCUGGGCCCAGCCUUGGCAGCCGGGAAGAACGACGUGUCAAAAUGAACCGCAUGCGCUUGCGCAUCUCAGAGCGCCUCAAGCAAUCCCAGAACACCGCCGCAGCCCUCACCACUUUCAACGAAGUUGACAUGUCUAAUAUCAUGGACUUUCGCAAGUUGUACAAGGAUGAUGUGCUCAAGAAGACUGGUGUCAAGCUCGGCUUCAUGAGUGCCUUUGCGCGUGCAUCUGUUCUUGCUAUGCGCGACCUACCUGCCGUCAAUGCCUCAAUCGAAGGCCCCAAUGGCGGUGACACGAUCGUUUAUCGCGACUACGUCGAUAUUAGCGUGGCGGUCGCUACCGAAAAGGGUCUCGUCACACCGGUUGUCCGCAAUGUUGAAUCGAUGGAUGUGAUUGGUGUAGAGAGCUCCAUUGCUGAUAUGGGCAAGAAGGCCCGUGAUGGCAAGCUCACGAUUGAAGACAUGGCUGGCGGAACAUUCACCAUCAGUAACGGCGGCGUCUUUGGCUCCCUCAUGGGAACUCCCAUCAUCAACUUGCCCCAGACUGCUGUGCUGGGUCUGCACGCCAUCAAGGAACGCCCUGUGGCGGUCAACGGCAAGAUCGAAAUCCGGCCAAUGAUGUAUCUUGCUCUCACCUACGACCAUCGCCUUCUUGAUGGCCGUGAAGCUGUGCAAUUCCUUGUCAAGGUCAAGGAGUAUAUUGAAGACCCUCGUCGCAUGCUUCUGUAA